AUGCUGCGUUUCUCUCAUGUUUCCCAGUUUCUCUUGUUAUUUUCUAUAGUGAAUGCGCAAAGUGUGACAUCAGACAUAGAACUCGGUUUUUCUACUUCCGGUAAGCUGGCUUGUUAUUUUGCAAAUAUUUGAGUGUGAUAACAGAAUCACCAAUACUGGAAUCAAUGGUGGACACUCCUGCAUUCCUGAAAGCAGCCACAGAUAGCCAGCGGAAAGAAUACGUUGAGCUGGAAGGAAACCCCAAUCUGACGAUGGAUAUGAAAGAGAAAGCUCUCUUCAACUGGGCACUAAGAUGCGGGAAUCCUGUGAAUGUGAGGCACUGAACGUAUUCUGCCCAGUGUUUUUAUGUGUUUCCUUGUCAGGACCUUUUCACAAUGUACAUGUCGGAAAAACAAACGAUGCAAUUUCAAGAAGACGCCAGAAUGUCCGUAAUUGUUGCUCAUCUGUCGCCUGAAGCUCAAGAAGCUGAUAAGAAUGUUCGCGGUCCGUUUUUCGUCGUGCUUUCGCCAGUUUUUUUUCUGUAUUUCAGCUAUAACAAGAAACAUGAACCAAACCAGGAAAGAAAUGGAUACUAACGUGGCGAAGCAAUUGAAUAAGCUACCCAAGAAAGUGUAUUACGAACUCACGUUUGCCACCCAAUAA